AUGGAUCAAGGGACUGAAGGAAUCGCUCCCGCUCGCCCAGUGGGAACAUGUGGCGAGGAGCAACAAGAGAAAGCCCCCGUGACUGGUCGGGUAUCAAAACCCAAGAAGGGCAUCCCUACACAUGUUUGUGAAAUAUGCACAAAGAAAAGCGAACGAGAGAGUGAUCCUGAAAGCUCGAGAGCUGGAGCUGGAGGCGACCCCGGCAGAGCUCCAGUCCCUUCUAUAGAAAGUGAUCCUGGAUUGUGUGCACCGGAAACAGAAUCACCAUGGACUAGCAACCCCUCAAGUUUACAGACUCCAGCCUCAUUGAACAACUCUGGCUUACACGGACCGUGGAGUAUAGUAUAUGAUCCUGAUUUCCCCAACCCAGCGUUUGAAAGUCAAUUUACAUUAAAUUUUCUCACGCCAUACGAAAAACAACCGGAAGGGGGCCACUUAAGCUACAGUAAAUCCGCCUUCACCAUUCCGACCAUCUCGCCGUAUGGAACAUUCGUUUCGAAAGCGACGGUUACGACUGACGAUCAUGUGGCCACUCCAGCUCACUCUUUGGACACGACCGAGUUUGCACCAGACUCUGGAUAUGGAAGCGUCCAGGCAAAACUAGACCGACUCAAAUUGAGUCGAGAUGCGUCAACUAGUGCUCGAGUUGACUCCAUUGAGAACACCACAGAAGAACGUACAGUGCAUUCAAAGGCCUCGAAUAUCCAUGGAAACCAAUUGGAAUAUUUCAUAUCCGAGCUUGCCGAGGAGCUAGCCGCAGCGUUACCGAGAAGUCUCCCCAAGGAGCUGAUGGUGACCCUAAGAAACGCAUUGCCGUCCCUUUUGGAAGGUUUCGCAAUCAGACUCGGGCAUAAUGAGUCUGGUCCGGCUAAAAUGCGCUUUGCGUGCUUUGUGCACAAAUAUAGAGAGCAGAUCACUGAAGCAGUGUCUAGAGUCCUCGCAUUUGAAGAAGAAGAAAAAGACGACAAUGAAGUACCAGACUUACCAAAAAUCAACGAAAUGUCAACCAUAGACAAGGUGUCUCUCUGGCAGAAGCAGCAAGACUUGCCUCAUGACAAUGCCCAGGACAAGACAUCGUGGAAUGAAGAGUACGAUGCAACUGAUGAUUUCGAAGAGUACCCAAGGCUCCACGCAUACCGUAGCAUUCUUGUCCAUUCCACGGCAUUCGAGUGGCUGCAGAGCGCUAUGCUGCGGGAGAUACAACUAGAAAUAGUCGGGAAAAACAAUGCACAGGCUCGCAUUAAGAACCAAAUUCUCACCGCUUUGGGUAGGCAAGAGAAGAUAUCUCGAAAGGAACCCCCCAAAACGCACAGACUAGUGUUUCGAUUACUCUGGUUCAGCGGCUUCUUCACAGAACAGCAAUACGACUUGCCGGCUCACGAGGCAUUUUCACGAGUCCUCGUACUAACAGGUGAACACAAUCAAGCCUGGGCGGGCACUUGUCUAGAGUAUGUACGAACACUGUGGCCAAAGUGUGGAGAAAGAAUAAUUGAGCUAUUCGCUCAUCUUUUGCGCCGAGAGGUUGGGACAUUGUCCUCAUGCACUCUCGAUGACGAUACCCAGUUGGGUGCCAAGAUUGACGCGACAGGGCGCAGACUCGAGAUCCUAGCUGUUGGCAAUGCUUUUGCUAUAGCCGAGGUUGGAGAAGUGUUGGCGUGGCUUCAAGCAGCGUUUUGGGCAACUCCCGAAGAUGACUCUAUCAUUAACGUUGUUCCAACUUGUUUCAUUUCAGCCCUAGAACAAAACACUUCAGAGACAUCCACAUCCAUGGCGGGGAACGACUGCAGGUUACUCGCCAAUAUGUCUUACAUGUCUUGGACUAAAACUCCCGACUUUGGGAAUUGCUGUUGGAUGAAGCUUUUCCGAAAUCCAGUCCUAGUCAGCGGCUAUCCUACUCCCAGGCACGCUGAAGCUCGCGGAGGGAUUGAGCUGGACCUGGGAACAAUGGCAGAACUCAUAGGAACACGCCAACUCUCAAAGUGCACCGGAAAACCCCUCUUCAAGACAGCGUUGGCUGCUCUCGUUCCUCUGUAUCGAGUUAACGACUUCAUAUAUUGGCAUAUGAUUAUCAGUUCAGACGGCGAGUAUAUGUCGUAUUGUGACGAGCGACUGAAGCCGUUCCUGGAUAACGCUCCCUCAGGCCUGAGUACCGCCGACAUUGAAAGAUGCCGUCAUGUAGUGGGGUGGUCUACUAAUGUCAAGAAUGUCACUGGGGGGCCAAGCGCGGAAUACGAUAUUGGAUGGUCUAGCUUGAAACCACCAAGUCCUGGAUGUGUUCUUGAGAAGAUCUCAAUCGUUGGCGGCUCUUACAUUACUGCUGGCGUCUCGUGUGUGCUGGGUAAGAAGGACAAAGCAGUGCACAUUAGAUCAAGGGACGACUACACCAUGCGCCUCAAGUGGAUUGCCAAGAAAUAUGUCGUGCUGUACGACGUCGGAGAUCGCAGGGCAUGGCUGGUCGAUGGGACCAGUGCUCUCCUCCAUCUUGUUCGCGCGUCACUCAAACAUGAUGCAUCCGACCCUUUCAAGUCUUUACUUCUCUACGACCCGCAAGCAUUCCAAGAGGCUCAAGAACAUCAAUCAGGCAAGACAGCAUCCAUCCACGUACUUACAAAUCCCCACAACCUCGGCCUCCCACUCUACUCAAAGCCAGUCACAUCUCGAGAAGAAACGAUCCUUGGUACAUCACGCGCAGCUCAGCAUGUCACGACACAGACUCAGACAUACUAUUGUUUCCGAGAUAGAGUCCAGGGUAUAAGCGAUGUUCUGGAGCAGAUAAUGGCACACCAGGCCGAUGAAUCAACACAAGACGGUAUUGGAUUCCGUCUCAAAACCUCUGCACGUCGCCAGCUCGAAGGUUUCGAUUUCAUGGACGUGGCGACUGAUGAAGAUCCGUUCUGGCCGCGAAUGACAACCUUGAGAGCUACCGGUCGGGGCUGGGUCGACUUUACAAGAGCUAUACAUGCCAUAACUCUCUUUGGCACUGGUUUUGGAGAACUGGUACAGCCUAUACAGUCUGAAGGGACAAAGUCUUGUGAAGAGUGUCAAUGGAGCGUUGCAGUACCAAAGGGCCAGGAUGUCUUGGCCGUGUGUGUCUCGGAGCUCCAGGAAAUCCUACAGAAACGCGGCAGCACAAAAACAAGUCCUUGGCGACUAGUUGACGACAUUUACUGGCACACGCCAGACAAGACGUUCGAGGCCUGCCGCUGCGUCAAGGGCUCGCCAUCCAAGCACGAGCGAAUGCAAGUAUUGCUUCCAUCGUCAAUGCCCAAGUUCUGGACCAGGGGACUGAGCAGCCCGAUAAACCUGAACCUGGGACGGGUUUCUCAGGGCGCAGUUCUCUUUGGACACAGCCGCCGCUUUCCCCUUCGCUGGAAAGAUCAUGGCCAGCCCGAGGAGGGAACUCCCGACAUUGAGAUUGAGGAAAUUGAAAGCUCGGUACGCGACAGCGGUCUGGGUAGCAGCAUCAGCUCUGGCAGUGCCGAUAACACACAGGACCGUGCUUGCAGUCCUUCUCCCUUGUCAUUUUCGAGUCCGAAUGAAGCGGGAAAACGAGACUGCGGGCAAGCGCUCCUCUCCAAUCCUGAUGAAGGUAUUGACAAGAGCAUGGCCAAGCGCAGAAAGGUGGAAAACAUUCAAGGCAAGGAAUCUGGUACCACAACGCCAGAAAUAGGAUCUGAAAAUGCCAAAGCCAUGGCUGGUAGUAGUCGCAUGUCGAACUUUUUUGAUUCAAUGUCAAGAUGGAAGUCUUCAGCACGGGAAACGUAG